GUCCACAAUGGCCCGGGUCUAUUUCCCAGCUGCAGGGAAUAAGGGUGUCCAUAUUGUACGCUAGCAUGGCACAUGAGAGUCCAGCUCUUCGUUUCGUUGAAUUGCUAGACUCACUAGAGUUCCGUAAUUGCUAGAGUUGCUAUUGGACUCGGGACUCGGACAUAUCACGAAGAGCAAAGAUCUACUGUUGACCCCUCUUUGCUCUGUCAGUCAGUCUGCCUUAUAACUGGAGUCAUGGAGCUCCUCCCAACUCCAGCUCUCCCAUAGCUUUCCAUUCCUAGCUCUCACCUUUGUUUACUUUCCCCAUUCACACACACCCACUCCCAAACCCCAAACCGCGAACCACAAAUUCAAAAUGCCUCCCUUCCGCGCCGAACACAUGGGUUCCCUCCUGCGUCCCCAAAACCUGCUAUCCGCCCGCGAGGCCAUCCGCGACAAGGGCCUUUCCCCCGAAGAAGCCAACCUCCCCGCCAUCGAAAAGGAAGCCGUCGGCGAGGUUGUCGCUCUGCAGCGCGAACUGGGUUUCAAGGCCGUGAACAGCGGCGAAUUCAACCGCACCCGCUUCUGGGGUCUAAUGUGGGACGAGUUCGACGGGUCCGUCGCUCUCCAAGAAGCCGAGGCCAGCAUGUUCCGGCUGUACCACCCGGACGUGGUCAGCCUGAUCGAGAAGGACCGCAAGGUGAUGCCGGGGGAUUCGGUGAUUGCUGGUUCCAAGUUGAGACAUGAUCGGGAGAAGAGCCAGUCGAAUUUGCAUGAGUUGAAGCUGGUGCAGCAGUUUACCCCAAAAGAGGAGUGGGGGAAUAUUAAGUUGACGAUGAUCACGCCCGCGUGGUUUCAUAUGCGGUAUAAGCAGGGCAAGGCGUAUGCGGAGGGGGUUUAUGAGAGUGAUGAGGAGUAUUUUGCGGAUGUGGCGAGGGUUUAUCAGGAGGAGUUGAAGAUGCUUUAUGAGGCUGGGUUGAGGAAUGUGCAGUUUGAUGAUCCUGGUUUGGCUUACUUUUGCUCCGAAGAGUUCCGCACCGGCUACGCCUCCGACCCCGAAAACACCGUCUCCAUCGACUCCCUCCUCGACUCCUACAUCCACCUCUACAACACCUCCCUCUCCCUCCUCCCCGCCGACUUCCACACCGGCGUCCACCUCUGCCGCGGCAACUUCAUCGGCGGCCGCCACUUCGCCUCGGGCGCUUACGACGUGAUCGCCCAGAAACUUUUCACCUCCCUGAACGUCAACACCUUCUACCUCGAAUACGACACCUCGCGCGCCGGUGGUUUUGAACCGCUUCAAUACCUCCCCAAAAACAAGAAUGUCGUAUUGGGUGUUGUGUCGACGAAACUGAGGGAGUUGGAAAGUAAGGAGGAGGUUAAACGGAGGGUUGAAGAGGCUGUGAGUUGGGUGGCGAAGGGGAGCGAGGAAAGCAGGCAGGAGGCGCUCAAGAGGGUGGCGGUUAGUCCGCAGUGUGGGUUUAGUACGCAUGAGAGUGGGUACCCCCUCAGUGAGGAGGAUCAGAGGAAGAAGUUGAGGUUGGUGAGGGAGGUUGCGGAUGAGAUUUGGGGGGAGGCUUGAGGGGGGUGCUUGGACGCGUCCUGAUGGGGUUU